AUGUCUCCUCCCAAUGCUCCAAAUCCAGCCUCUGACCCACUCUCCACUGCCACUCAUCUCACCCAUCGUGAGCUUCUGUGCCGUCGUCUUCACAACACUAAACGUCUUAUCAAACACUACAGACGUAUGUAUUGGGCUCUCAUGGAACAAGUCAGGAUCAAACAUAGACAAUAUGUUAUUGACACUGGUCUUAGCCCUUUCCAGGAUGAACCUGAUGUUGUCGAUGACAAUUACACUAACGUUUGUGCUUUUCAUGGUUGUAUGUCCAAGCCUAUGCCUUGCACUUCCUUUUGCUUUACGCAUGUCCUCUCUGAACCCAAACAAGUGCUUUAUAAGCCUUGUACUUUUGUCAUCGCAAGGUCAGAGGCUGGACCCGUAACAUGCCAGAAACCUAUAAUAAGUUCUACGACUCCGUCGUACUGCACUGUCCACAUGCAGAAGGCGGAGAUGCAUCUCGCAAUGGCAUUGAAGAAAGAAGGAAUGAAUAUCUCCCCAAUGGACAAAGUGAGUCCUAAUUUUCAUGAACUGGUGCCUGAAUUUGUUCGUCAAAUUCAGGAGAAAAGAAGGGCAAUGAGGGCAAAGGAAUGUGAAACUGUCCUUAAGAAGGAGGAGGAUGCAGAGAAAUGUGAAAACUGA